CUAUUAUUCAUCAACUAAUAAUACUACAAACCAAUUCUCUCAAAACUUUCAUUUCCAGAUUCAUAUUUUUUUUCUUCUGGGAAUGGCUUCUAAUGCAUUAAUGAGCUGCGGUAUCGCGGCUGUAUACCGCCCUUCGGUUUUCUCUUCUUCUAAAUCAAGAUUCGCCACGGCUGUCCCACUUUCUGGUGUUGCUACUAAUGCUUCCAGGAUUUCCAUGACCGCUGACUGGAUGCCCGGUCAACCACGUCCACCUUACCUUGAUGGAUCUGCACCCGGGGAUUUCGGGUUUGACCCGCUUCGUCUUGGUGAGGUUCCAGAGAAUCUUGAGAGGUUUAAAGAGUCCGAGCUCAUUCACUGCAGAUGGGCUAUGCUUGCAGUACCCGGGAUCUUGUUGCCCGAAGCGUUAGGAUUGGGCAACUGGGUAAAAGCACAAGAAUGGGCUGCCCUUCCUGGAGGUCAAGCAACAUACCUAGGGAACCCUGUCCCAUGGGGUACCCUACCCACCAUAUUGGCGAUAGAGUUCAUCUCUAUUGCCUUUGUAGAGCACCAAAGGAGCAUGGAAAAAGACCCCGAAAAGAAGAAGUACCCCGGUGGAGCUUUUGACCCGUUGGGAUACUCAAAAGACCCAAAAACAUUCGCAGAGUACAAAGUUAAAGAGAUCAAAAAUGGACGUCUAGCGUUGUUGGCAUUCGUAGGAUUCUGCGUGCAACAAUCGGCUUACCCUGGUACUGGACCCUUGGAGAACUUGGCAACCCACUUGGCUGACCCAUGGCACAACAACAUUGGAGAUGUUAUUAUCCCUAAAGGAAUUUUCCCAAACUAAAAUACGUUUCUUGUCUCGAAUUCAUAUGUAAAAUCCAUGUAACCCUUCAUCUUGUAAUGAAAUGAACUUAUAUUAGUGUUGAA